AAAGCAAAAGAAACUAAAUAAAAUUCUUCCCAACUCUCUCUGCCGACUUUUAUCAAACACCUAACGUGCAAUACUUUUAUAUACUUAACAUUCAACAAGAUUGUUUUUUUAGUGGAAUUUUCCAGUAAUAUUGGAACUCCAAGAUUCAAGGAGUUUUGGGUACCCAAUUUCUUGUUGAAAAAAUGGGAACUUUGACUGCUUCUCUAGUGGUUCCAUCUAAGCUCAACAAUGAAAAACAGAGCUCUAUUUUUGUAUACAAAACUAGAAGAAAAUCCAAGAAGAAUCAAUCCAUAGUACCUGUGGCAAGGUUAUUUGGGCCAGCUAUAUUUGAAGCUUCAAAGUUGAAGGUGCUUUUUUUGGGAGUUGAUGAGGAAAAGCAUCCAGGAAAGUUGCCAAGAACAUAUACACUGACUCAUAGUGAUAUUACUUCUAAACUUACUUUGGCUAUCUCUCAAACCAUCAAUAACUCUCAGUUGCAAGGUUGGUAUAAUAGACUUCAAAGAGAUGAAGUUGUUGCAGAAUGGAAGAAAGUUAAAGGGAAGAUGUCACUUCAUGUCCAUUGCCACAUUAGUGGAGGCCAUUUUAUGUUAGACUUAUUUGCUAGACUCAGAAACUAUAUCUUCUGCAAAGAACUCCCUGUGGUUCUGAAGGCUUUUGUUCAUGGAGAUGAGAAUUUACUAAAGAAUUAUCCAGAGUUACAAGAAGCUUUAGUUUGGGUAUAUUUUCAUUCAAACAUUCAAGAAUUCAACAAAGUAGAAUGUUGGGGUCCACUCAAAGAUGCAACCUCCCCCUCAUCUUCUUCUAGUGGGGUAGGUGGGGUGAAGAGUACAAGUUUUACAAGCAAUAGCAACAACAAGUGGGAGUUACCAAAACCUUGUGAAGAGGCUUGUGCAUGUUGCUUUCCCCCAAUGAGUGUUAUGCCUUGGCCUUCUUCAAAUCUUGAUGGGAUAGGUGAGGAAAAUGGGACCAUCCAACAAGGCUUGCAAGAGCAGCAAAGUUGAAAAAUGAGAUAGUGAUUAUGUUUGGUUUAUUAUGUGAUUUGAUGUAAUUAAUUAUUUAAUUAUAGGGUUUGUGGAAGCAGCAUUAUUUGUUUGCUUGAAAUGUAAAUAAGAAUUCAGAAGUCAUGAUUAAAGAUAAGAACAUUAAGUUUAGGAUGGUGAUACAUAACUAGACAAUUAUUGUAAGUUGGGUUGUGCCUAUAUCGUUAAGUUUUUUUCAUGAUUUUGUCUUUGUUGUCUCUGCCUAAAAAUCAACACUUGCACAUGAUGGAAAUGUGCAUCUAA